AUGGCAGAUCCGUUUGAAGUUCGCAUGCGCUUUACAGCGCAGCUGCAACAUUUGAGUGCUUCUAUCACUUCAUCCCAGAAAGCCGCCCAUUAUGCGCUCAAAUACCGUGACAUGGAUGAGGAUCUCCAUUCUUGUAUCUUGGAGCAGGUUGAACGAAAUAACAUGAACAACCGAGCAAACAUCAUGUAUUUUAUUGAGCACUUUUGCGAAAUGGCCACCAAAGAAAACCACCUCCCAUAUAUCCGAAUGAUGCAAAGAGACAUACUCCGUGUAGUCGACGCCGUGGUACCACCAGAUGGCUCAGGAGGAGCAAACGUCAAGCAUGUCCGUCGAGUUUUGAACGGUUUACAGAGCAAAUCCAUUCUCUCCGCCGAAACCGUAGCGGAGAUCGAUGCUGGCCUCAAGGAUCGUGAGACUCAUCCGGCUCAUCUUGAUUUGGAAACCGAAGAGCCAGAUGGCAAUGGAAAGUCAAAAAGUGGAACUCCGCGAGGUUACACGGUGAAUGGGAUGCGUCUGGACAAAAGACAGAUUGAGCAGAGAAUUGAGGAGGACCGCGAACGAAACAAACGGCUCAGAGAAAGUAUGUGGGCAGUGAGUGGGGAUGAUGGCGAUGAGCAGGGGAGAUUCUGGGAUGAGGCUAGCGAUAUUGGCGAGGACGAUUUCAUCAGUGCAAAUGAGGAGCUCAUGGAACGAAACCAAAUGAUCACCGCGAGGUGA